AUGAAGUUUACUCCGGCCAUCUUGACCCUGGCCGCUGCCAGCUCCGUGGCUGCUGCCGCCCAUCACCCCCAUCGCCAUGGACACGCCAAACGAAAUCCCGUCGCAGUUGAGGUCGUGACUGUUCCCGGCCCCACCGUAUUCGCGUAUGAGCUCAACGGCAAGUCGAUUAGUAAAGACGAGGCCUGCAAAGGCAUCAAAGACGGGUCUCUUGUUUGGGCCAACGGUGGCAACCCAAAUAUCUGUGAUUCUUCCCCAGAAACUCCAGUGAGCCCUCCAAAAGCCGGACAACAAUUCUACGAGAAGCCAAAGACCGAGCAAAAGCCCCAGCAGAAACCUCAGCAGGAGCCCCAAGCGCCUGCUCCAAGUCCAGCUCAGCCUUCGCCCCAAGCGCCCUCUCCAAAACCUUCCACCGUCGAUAAACCCAAGCCCGAUACUUCCAGCCCGUCGGGUGGUGAGGGCAUUGACUCGGACUUCCCGGAUGGCCAACUUAGCUGUGACCAGUUCCCUUCUCAAUAUGGUGCUCUGGCGGUUAACUGGGUUGGCCUUGGCGGCUGGAGUGGUAUUCAGCUCCCAACUUACGGCCGCAGCGCCAUCACCGACAUCAGAACCGCCAUCAGGGGUGAAACUUGUACUGAAGGAUGCAUGUGCUCCUAUGCUUGCCCUCCUGGAUAUCAGAAGACCCAAUGGCCUGCUACUCAAGGCGCCACUGGCCAAUCUGUUGGUGGUAUCGAGUGCAAGAACGGCAAGCUACGCCUCACGAACCCUAGCUUUUCUAAGAAACUCUGUACCAAAGGUGUUGGUGGUAUUAAAGUUAAGAAUUCUAUGAGCCAAGUUUGCUCCAUUUGCCGUACUGAUUAUCCCGGCACCGAGGCCCAAACUGUGCCCCUUCUUUCACAACCAGGAGCGACAGAUCCUCUUACUUGCCCAGAUGCUUCCAACUAUUAUACCUGGCUGAACAAGCCUACCUCUGCUCAGUAUUAUGUCAACCCCAAGGGUGUUGGUCUCAAGGAUGCCUGUGUUUGGGGUGAUAGUAGCCGACCGUAUGGUAAUUUCUCCCCCUUGAAUAUCGGCGUUGGAAUGAGAGAUGGUAAAAUCUGGGCGUCUAUGUUCCAAAACCUCCCAACUACCAAGGUAGCCCUCGACUUCAAGGUUGAAAUUCAAGGUGAAGGUCUCUCUGGAGUUUGCCGAUAUGAAAAUGGCCGCUACUAUGAUUCUAACGGCUCUAACGAAAAGGGAUGCACGGUCCAAGUCAUCUCCGGCGAAGCCACCUACGUAUUCUCGGAAUAA